CCGCAUAACAGAGACUUGGCCUUACUACCUUGUCGGCAGCUACCCGGCCAUUUAAUCUCCAGAGUAAUUCCUUCAUCGACCACUUCGCACGACUUGUCCGCCGUUGUUUUUCUUCACGUCGCCCAAUCACGGUCCCCGUCGAACUGCCUACUGUUUACUACUACUUUGCCCGUGGGGUCGACGUUCGCGAUUUCGAGUGGUCCAUUCCACCCUCCAUCUUUCACCAAGACUUGGUGAGCUCCAAGUCAGAAAUCAUGGACCAAUCUGUAUUUCGCAUCACCAAGGAGCUGAGCGACCUUCAGAAGGACUCUGAUCUGUCUCUUGCUGUCGCCUGCCGCGAUGUCGAUGUUCGCAAUGUCAAGGCAAUGAUCAUCGGACCGCACGAGACACCCUACGAGUUCGGCUUCUUCGAGUUUGUCUUCGUCUUCAAUAAGAAUUAUCCUCGCAGUUCACCUCAGGUUCAAGCCACAACUACGAACGACGGCCGCACCCGGUUCAACCCAAAUAUCUACGCCAAUGGCAAAGUCUGCCUAUCGAUAUUGGGAACAUGGCGCGGGGAGCGUGGAGAACAGUGGUCUGCUGCCCAAGGCCUCGAGUCCAUUCUAUUGUCCAUCCAAAGCUUAAUGUCCAUGAACCCCUACGAAAAUGAGCCGGGCUUUGAAGAUGCAAAGGAGGCUCAAGACCAGAAGAACCAGAAGGAUUACAUACAAAAGAUUCGCCACGAGACGAUCCGCAUCUCUGUCGUCCAUCGACUGGAGGAGUACCUAGGCAUCAACCCCGAUGGCACAUUUGCGCCAACAAGUGUCAGCGGGGAGAUCGCUUCACUGGGCUCAGGAGAGAGCGACAUGGAUAUCCUUGACGAGGAAUCUAGCGUCCCAUUCGAGCCUUUCAAAGACCUUUGCAAGCGACGAUUUCUCUGGUAUUACGACUCCUAUUUGGCUGCCGUCGAGAAGGGCAAGUCAGAGGUUAAGGACAACCAGUCAUUCGCCAGAAUGCCCUUUGAAAGCCUUGGCAACGGCAUGGAGGGUAAAUUCAACUACACGGAGCUGGAGAAGAGACUCAAGGUUAUUAAGGCAGCCCUCGACGCCGAGACCGAGGGAUGGGCCGCAGAAGGAUUGCAAGCUAAGGCCCAGGAAACCACGGUCGCCGUCAACCUGCAGAGGCAGUUUGAGCAGGUUGUGGAGCACUUCAAACGCAGGGAUCUGGCGCACAGCAUCGAACUCGAAGACGGCAAUCCCUUCGUCUGGCUAGUGACAUACUUCGGUAAACCCAUGACGAACCUGGACGGUGGCCUGUUCAGAAUCAGGCUUUGCUUCAGUGCACGAUUUCCCGAGGAGCAACCUCGGGCGAGGUUCGAAACCAAGAUCUUCCAUCAUCGUAUUGCCGCGGACGGCACACCCUGCUACUUUGCGCCGCAGAACCGCCGUGAGGAUGUCAGGACGCACCUCGAAGCCAUCAUUGAUGCUCUUGAAGAGGAGAGUCCCCCUUAUGAUCCGCGAACUCUAGUCAACCCCGAGGCGUUCAAGUUGUUCUGGGGCUCAGCCGAUGACCGAAAGAUGUACAAUCGGCGUCUUCGCCGGUCUGUUCAACAGUCAAUGGAGGAAUUCUAACACAACGGUUGACGGCAGCGUUGGAAG